AGAAUAGUUUGAAUAACCCGCCCACAAAGUUAUCAGUUUACUUCCAACAUUCACACUAGAAACACUAGUUUCGAUCAUUUCGAUAACCCCUCCGUGACAUUCCCUACUGUUUUUGAUAAAUAAAUAAUUAUUUACAGUGAAAUUGUGAGAGAAAAACUGUUGCGACGAAAUAGAUCGUGUUCAAAAUUUGCUAACACUAACACUGUGACAACGGUCACACUAACAACGAACGUCGAUCUUAACAAUUUUAGUACAUUAAUUGGCAAUCGGUCACCAUGAGCAUUCGAAUGUUUGGUAGUCAAAUGUCCUCGGGCAGCGCUAUGCCUUCGGUGGUCUCGCUGAACAGCAAGACGAAGCGACCGAAGAAGCAAAAGCUGCCGACCUUUGACCUCUCGCUGGAACAGAAGUUGGACAUUAAGAAGGCUUUCGAUUUAUUUGAUACCCAGUGCUCAGGAUUUAUCGAAACCAAAGAGCUGCGCGUGGCCAUUCGCGCUUUGGGAUUUGAGCCGAAAAAGGAGGAUAUCAAGCGCAUGAUGGAUGAGAUCGACAAAGAUAAGACUGGAAGGAUUGCCUUUAAUGAUUUCUUGUAUCUUAUGCGCCAGAAAAUGUCCGAAAAGGACUCGAAGCAGGACAUGAUGAAGGCGUUCUCCUUUUUCGAUGACGAUCACACCGGAAGGAUAUCGUUGCGCAACCUGAAGCGUGUCGCCAAGGAACUGGGCGAAAAUCUCACAGACGAAGAGCUGCAGGAAAUGAUCGACGAGGCCGAUACCGAUGGCGAUGGCGAAGUCAGCAAGGAGGAGUUCUUCAAUCUCGUUAAGACAACCAACUUGAUCUAGGACGCUUAUUAUUCAUUCUUUUUUUCUUUUCUUUUUUUGUCUAUCCUUUUAUGUCUGGGAAACGAAGUUCUUUCCUGACACAGCCACUUUAUACCAACACUAACAGUACAACACCUAGAUGAAGUUUGGAUAUGCUUCGGUUCAUUAAAGCAAGGCAAUGUUGUCCUUCAAUUACAAUAAUGACAGCCCCUCUAGAAGUAA